UCACAACUUCGCGAUUGCAUUCAUAAAGAUAGCAAUUAUGUUCCAUCUGAAACUUUUAUGACAAACUAAUUCUGUUAUCAAAAAGAUUAUUCCGAUAUUACAAAUAAAUCAGCUAUUAUCGGCGAACCUUAGUCGAAGCCUACGCAUCUACAUACUUAGUCUUGUAAAUAAUUUGCAGAGAAUACGUUUCCGAAAACGGGCUUUCGUGAUUAUUGGUACGAUCCGCACGAUGUUAUCAGCGAAAUAACACGCCAAAGAUCGAAACUGAGGUCAUUCCGACAAACAUGAGUGUCAACAACAAGCAUUCGGCUGCUCCAGGAAGGGCACCGCAAGUGAUAUCCAGUUUGGAAGUUCUGCCGGAACUAGAGGAAGCUACUCUCAUCAAUGGAGCGCCAACGCCGAGUCUUCACGUCGACAGGAAGUUCCAAGGGAAGGAGUCGAUCCUGUCGUCCCAAAUCAGCCUGUUCGUGGAGGAGACGAAGCCUGACAUUCCCGACGGGGGAUGGGGAUGGCUCGUGGUGUUGGCUGCUUUCGUGAUAAACGCGGUGUCUGAAGGCAUAAUUUUUACUUUUGGUUUGCUCUACAUCGAGUUCUUGAAAGAGUUCAGGGCGUCGAAGUCUGCAACUUCCUGGAUUGGGAGUCUGUUCAUGGCAAUUCCUCUUCUUUCAGGCCCCAUAGCCAGCGCCUUCGUGGACAGGUACGGCUGCAAAUCCAUGACGGUAUUAGGAGCCCUCAUCUGCGUCACCGGCUUCGUCAUCAGCUCCUACGUCAAAUCAAUAGGUGUCAUGUAUGUCACGUUCGGCGUCAUUGGCGGGCUGGGUCGUGGUCUCUCUUACGUUACAGCCGUCGUUUCGAUCGCCUUCUGGUUCGAAAAGAAAAGGGCGUUCGUCCUUGGUCUAGCUGCCAGCGGGGCAGGGUUUGGAACCAUCGUCUUCGCCCCUCUUUCUACGUGGUUGCUCUAUGAGUACGGAUGGAGGGGAACUUUGCUUAUUUUCGCCGGACUUUUUGCCAACAUGUGCGUGUGCGGGGUGCUGAUGAGGAAUCCUGAUUGGAUAAUAGAGGAGGAAAGGCGGCAGAACAAAGAAAAGGAACAAAAGAAGAACGAGGCCAACAUGGAGAUCUUAAGAAAAGGCCUGCAGAGCAAAGAGACCCAACAUUUAUUGCCAAAUGCCAACAGUACUGAGCGUGGAAAUAAUCGAAUAAUGUCGGAAGUCAGUCUCCCAACGUACCUCAAACGACAUGAAAAGGUGCCCGUAGAAGUUUUAAAACAGCUAAGCACGAACAAAGAACUGUACAAGGUGAUAGUGGACAACUACCCCACAUUAGCAGACUGCAAAAGCGAAUCAAAUGAAGUUCACAGCAGCGAAAACAAGGACCUACACCUGAUUCGGAGAAACUCCAAGACCAAGAAGAGCCACCACCACAGUCACAGCUACUUGAAGAACAUAAGGUUUAGGAAAAAUUCCAUGGUGUGCAGGAGCGCUAUGCUCAACAUACACAAGUACAAGAUCAAAGCCUCGAGCUGUCCGAAUGUUUACAGGAAUUCUGUUACGACAGACGAUGACGAGGAGGAAGAGAAAUGGUACAAAGAAUAUAUAGACAUCCUUAAAGAUCUAACGAACUUCUCGCUAUUCUUGGAGCUGCACUUCUUCCUGCUAGCUCUGUCGACUAUAAUCUUGUUCAUAUGGUUUAUAGUUCCAUACUUUUACCUCGCCGAACACAUGAAUAGGUCUGGAUACAGUGAAUCCCAAGCGUCGUUAGUUUUGUCUAUAAUUGGAUUUACAAAUACCCUAGGAAUGAUCGUACUAGGCUGGAUAGGUGACAAACUAAACGUUGCGAAAACCUACGCCAUCUGUCUCAUCCUGACUGGAGUAUCUGUGGGAAGUAUGAUGUUCUUCACCGACAGUUUUAUAUUACUAACAACGAGUAGUGCCUUUUUUGGACUGUUUUUCGCGAGCUGUUUCUCUCUUACGCCCUCCUUGCUGGCUGAACUCGUUUCACUUGAAGACUUCACCAUGGCUUACGGCUUGGUUCUGCUUUGCGAUGGUAUUGGCAACUUGACAGGGCCACCCUUGGCUGGUUUACUUUUCGACUUGACGGGGUCUUGGGACCAAUCUUUUUACCAAGCUGCUUUCUGGAUAAUUAUAUCAGGAGUUUUGGUGGGCAUAAUACCUUACACAAAAAACAGAAAACUAGGAGGAGGUGAAAUCUUGCAAAAUAAAAAUGAUAAUAAGAAUAAGGAAACGAAGCGGCGAAUUAUAGUGCACUAACAAAUUGACAAUAAUUUUAAAAUCAGUGUUGUGCUAUAGACCAGAUAUUUUAAAAUUCCUCUUAAGAAACAUUAAAACGAUAAAUUAGAUUUAUAAGCGAAGAUUUUACUUACAUUUCAAUAAAUGUUAGUAAAUCAAUGAAAAGAAGAUUGUGUAAAGUGCCUAAAAUUAUAUGUAGGUAUAUCAACUUUUAUAGCAGCUAAUAUCAGUGAAAGUUGGUUGAAACAGAACUUGGAAACACUCAAAUCGUGUUAUAAUGUUUCAAAAUAUUUGUAAAUCGAAAGCAUUCUAUUCGAAUCUGAUUGCUAUAAAAAAUUCCCUUUGUACCUGUAUAUAAUAUUUUACCUAAAUAAAAUGUACCAUUUAUUCCUCUAA